AGGACAGUCAGGACUCGAGGGUUGUUCGAGAUGCGAACGCGGGUCAGUGCGAAGCUGACUAUCGUUCGGCUCGCGUACAUGCUUUUUCGGUGGCCGAUCGCGACAGAAACUUCUCCUUUCGGGCAUCUCGGCGAGAACAUUUUCUCGUGAUCGAAACGCUCGCGUCUCGCUUAACGCGGACUAAACAGUCCGUAAGCUCGUCCGGGGGAAUGAACUUGCUCCGGUUGUCGUUGUCGGUGUCGUUGUCGUUGCCGUUGAUGCUGGUCCACCUUUCGUGAUCUUUACGGGGUCGAUAGACAACCGACGGAUCGACGGCUGACGAUGACAGAGACGCGGAACGCGGUCAGUGGUGAGACGUGUUCACUGAGGCACCUUAAAUCCUUCGCCGCAAACGAACGUUAAAUUGCUCGGGAUCUUCAAUCUGAAAACUCAUCGCAUUACGGAUUACGGAUUACGGACUACGGAUUGCGGAUUACGAGUUACUGAUUACGGACUACGGACUACGGAUUAUUGAUUACGGAUUACUGAUUACGGAUUACGAACUACGGGAUUACGGGUUACCGAUCGUUGAUUACGGAUUACGAAUUACGGAGCAUGGCGCUUGUUGUUCUGGUAAAGAACUUUCAAGGACUGAAAUGUAAAGGGGAGAAGGUAGUUAAAAUUGAUUUCCGAGAAGUUCCGCACUAUUCGAAAUGUCUCGAAGAAAACGGUGACCAUAUCCCAGUGGACGAAGCGUUCACUUGGAAUUUGGGCAGGCCAGUCGACGAGUCGGAAGUAUUGCAGCUGACGGUGAUAUCGCGGGGUGUUCUCAGGAACGAGAAAGCGAUUGCAAAGUAUGGCCUGGUCCUUCAAACGGUGGUGCGAGAAGGCCGAAUCGUGGUCACCGAUUCUUUGGUAGAUCUGAACAACAAACCGCUUCCGGCUGUAAUUUGCUUCGAAAUCCGAUACAAUCCACCGGACGGGAGCUGCAGCUCGUACGCGGUGUCCGAAGCAAUGGAGGACGAGCAACAGAUGCUGAUCGACAUCGAGCAGAACAUCGCGAACCUCGAGAGGAGCUUCGAGCAAGCAAACACCAGUUCCUCGAACGGCAAACGUAGGAGCUCCUGGCAAACCCCGGAGAAGAUCUUCAAGAGGGGUUUCUUACAGAAAGGCAACUCAACUUCGACGGCCGAAAAGUCAUCCGACCGUAAGAGGCAUUCGACGCUGAGAAGCAUGAGAUCGUUUAUGAAGCUCGGCAAACAAAGGCCGGCGGCUGCGGGAUCGCGAUCUUGCGACAGCGGUUCCGAUACUCGCGAAUUGAUCGAUAAAGGGGAUUCGAGCUGCGCAACGUCGAACGAACCCUCGCGGACCAACUCGAUGACGUCGCUGGAAUCGAACACAUCCGAUUACGAGAGCCGGAUCAACGGAAACGAAGACGGGGACUCGGGUCCGGCGACGAUAAUCAGCGCGACCGUCAACGCGAACGCGGCCUCGACCGAGUCGCAAGACGCGAUCGUUAAAACGACCAAAAGAUCGAAGCCGAAGACCACCGAUACCGGGCAGUCGGCGCUAAAAGCGCAGGAUUAUCAAGUUUGUGUGACCAUCAUAGAGGCGAGGCAACUCGCCGGCUUGAACAUGGACCCCGUCGUUUGCGUGCAGAUCGGAGACCAACGAAAAUACACCAGCGUCAAGGAAUCGACGAAUUGUCCGUACUACAACGAAUACUUCGUGUUCGAUUUUCAUAUGCCGCCCGUGAUGCUGUUCGACAAAAUCAUCACGCUCUCGGUGCAGCAAUCGCGGAAUCUCUUACGCGCUAAUCUAACGCUGGGCAGCUUUAAAUUAGACAUCGCGACCGUAUGGGCACAACCAGAUCAUCAAUUUUAUCACAAAUGGGCGCUGCUCACGGAUCCGGACGACGUGGCCGGAGGGCCGAAGGGUUACCUGAAGUGCGAUGUGAGCGUGAUCGGGAAAGGCGACACCGUCAAGGUCCCUCCGAAGAGCGAGAAAGACGAGGACGACAUCGAGGGCAAUCUGUUGCUUCCGGACGGUGUGCCGAUCGAGAGGCAAAGGGCGAAGUUCAUCGUGAAGGUCUACAGAGCCGACGGACUCCCGAAAAUGAACAGCAGCAUCAUGGCGAACGUGAAGAAAGCUUUCACGGGCGAGAUCAAGGAUCUCGUGGAUCCUUACGUGCAAGUGUCCUUCGCUGGAUUAACGGGCAAGACGAGCGUCAAGAGGCACAGUUACACACCGGUUUGGAACGAACAGAUCGUUUUCACGGAAAUGUUUCCGCCACUCUGCCAGAGAAUUAAAAUUCAACUGUGCGACAACGACCCGGUCCACGCGACCGUGAUCGGAACGCAUUUCGUCGAUUUGAAGCAAAUCAGCAACGACGGCGAACGAGGAUUCCUACCCACGUUCGGCCCGGCUUUCAUCCACUUUUACGGAAGCAUAAGGGACUACAGUCUCAUAGACGAACAUUCCACCCUGAAUGCCGGACUUGGAGAAGGAAUUUCGUACAGAGCAAGGUUGUUGAUAGCGAUCAGGACGGAGAUCAGCGACAACGUCGACAUGGCUCCGUCGGAGGUCGAGGUGGAACCCACCGUGCCGAUCAACGAGUCCGCAUACGCGAGGAACGAGGAGUUCUUUUUGUUCGCGACCAUCAUGGAUGCCACGAUGAUCGACAAGAAGCUCGGCGACAAACCGAUGUACUUUGAGAUCUCGAUAGGGAACGCGGGAAACUCCUUGGACGGUCACAACGAAAGCUCGAAGAUGUUCGAGAUGGGCCCGAAGUGUGGCACGGGCGGAGAUCAAGAAGAAUUGCAGGAAGUGUUGAGCGGAUCCUGGCAGAGCACCACGCCGCCCAGCAAACCGAUGACGCACGACAAAAUUUAUUAUUUCAUACCGUACUGGGACGACAAGCCCUGCCUCCACGUUCGAAGCAUUUGGCCGGACUACAGACGCAGAAUGUACAAUAGCAACAUAAUCAAUAAAAUCGCGGACAAGCUGGAAGAAGGAUUGGCGGAGGCUCAAGCGCACGCCGACGACUCUUCGAGCGAGAAGACGUUGAAGUCGACGCUCGAGGAAUUGAGCAGCAACUGCAACCGAUACGUCAGCAUAAACAAGUCGAGCCUCGCCGGGCCGGGAGUCGGGAAAACGAAGCUCGACAAAGAGAGGAUGAAACUGUGUCAAAGGGAAUUGGAAAACAUAGGGAUCCUGUCGAGGAACCUGAAAGCGGUGAUCACGAGGAGCAGCUUCAAAGAAAGAUUGAAAACUGCGCAAGGCUACUUACAGAAAUUGAAGUUUCUCAUCGAAGACCCUCAAGAUUCGUUGCCGGACGUGUUCAUUUGGGUAAUUAGCGGUGGGCGACGCGUCGCCUACCACAGAAUACCUGGAAGGGAUCUAAUUUACUCGAUCGUGGACGAGGAGUGCGGCAAAUAUUGCGGCAAAAUACAAACGAUGUUUCUCAAGCUUCCAGGAAAGAAAAGAUUCGGACCAUCCGGCUGGGCGAUACAAACGAAACUGCAGAUCUACGUGUGGUCGGGCAUAUUAAAGCACAGGAAGUAUUUCAUUCAAGGAUUGCCAAAAGGCUACGAAUUUGGCCACGAGCUACGAAACAUUGAUAGGCAACGGGCAUUACCACCGGUCGUUAUACAUUACGUCGAAAAACACAAAUUCCAGUUGAGAGCGCACAUGUAUCAAGCCCGAUCUUUGAUCGGUAGCGACGCGUCCGGUCUCUCGGAUCCAUUCGCGCGAGUAAUUUGCGGCGAAUUUUGCAAAUGCACGCAAGUCAUCGACGAAACGCUCAGCCCUACGUGGGACGAGCUUCUCCUGUUCGAUGAAAUUUUGAUCUACGGAACCGGAGAGGAAAUCAAGAAGGAUCCGCCGUCCAUCGUCAUUGAAAUCUUCGACCAGGAUAAAGUGGGGAAAUCGGAGUACAUAGGACGAGCGGUAGCGAGACCUCACGUGAAACUCGCGUUCGAGAGUUACUCGCCGCCGGAGUUUCCUCCGUCCUUGGAAUGGCACGACGUGACCAGGGGUGCGGCCAGAGCCGGAGAGCUGCUCGCUGUCUUCGAAUUGCUCGAACACCCGUCGACGAAAGAUUACGGGUUCCCGACCCUACCGGAUCCGAAGGAGAAAGGAACGGGUCAAACGCGUGCCACCGUUCCAGUCACUGCUGCAACCACUGCAACUUCCUCCACUGCCGCGGCUGCCCCUGCUGCCGUUACGGCUGUUGCUGUUGCGAACACCGGUCAAGAUCAAGGACCUAUUCUUCCGGUACCCGUCGGCAUAAGACCGACUCUAGCGAAAUAUCGGAUCGAAGUAUUGUUCUGGGGGCUGAGAGAUUUGAAAAGGAUACACCUGUUGACCGUGGACAAGCCACGCGUGGACGUCGAAUGCGCCGGACACAUUCUCUAUUCGUCCGUUAUAGCGAACGCGAAGAAGAAUCCGAAUUUUGGUACGCCGGUCAAGUUCAUGGAACUGGAGCUACCGGAACAGGAGCUUUAUCGGCCACCGUUGACCAUCAGGGCAGUCGACUGUCGAAGUUUCGGCCGGUACACGCUCGUCGGCACGCACACCAUCAACUCGAUUCACAAGUACAUGUAUUGUCCGCUGACGAAACGGGCGAGGGAGGCCGAGGACAGAAAAAAGAAUUUGUAUCAGCUGCAACAGUACGCGGGUUUCGACACGUCGAAAACGAGGUUGCAACAGACGUCUUUGUUGGAGUCCCUGGCCGAUCUCGAGUUCGUUUGCGGCGACACAACCAUCGUUCUGGGCUUGGAGCAAGACUGGCCAACGAAACGGGAGAAAACCGAGCAGAAUAUAAGGAAAAAGCACAGUUUGGUUUACGAUGGAAGUACGGGUGAUUUCGACGCUUCGUUCGAAGACGGCGACGGCUGCCAGGAUUGGUGGACGAAAUAUUUCGCCUCCGUGGAAGUGAUGAUCGAAGAGAACAAGGAACUCCGCAAGGAGAAAACGAUGUUCCAAGCACCGUUGAACGGCACUGUUUCGAUGUACUUGGAGGAGAGCUAUAAUCAACCACCGGGAAACCUCUCGGGUGAGAAGAGUCCGAGCGGAGUCGGCGGCUCGAAGAAGCUUUUCGGAAUGAAAUCGGCCGCGAACGCGGCGAGAUUCGCGUCGAAGGUUAGCCCGAAGCACGCCUCCUCUCGGGCUCGGUUCCCGCGAACAGCUUUAUUAAAAAUCUAUCCGAACGAAUUGGAAGCCCAGCCGGAAUUCGAGCAGUUCAAGGAAUGGCUGCACACGUUCGAGCUGUACCGGGGCAAGAAGACCGGGGACGAGCCCGAAGACGAGUCUAGAAUCGUCGGCAGCUUCAAAGGCGCCCUAAAGGUCUACAAGUGGCCCCUCCCUAAAGAUCUGAUAGAUCAUACGAUCAUGGGCUUCGACCCGCAGUAUGGCUUCUUCCAAGGUGUACCGUCGAACGAACCGAUUCACGUACUGGUACGGGUGUACAUCGUGAAAGCGAACGACCUGCAUCCCUGCGACUUGAACGGCAAAGCGGACCCGUACGUAGUUUUGCAUUUGGGCAACAAGAGGAUCAGCGACAAGGAAAAUUACGUGUCGAAACAGCUCAAUCCUGUCUUCGGCAAGUGUUUCGAAAUAGAGGCGACCUUCCCCCAGGAUUCGUUGUUAACCAUUCAAGUGUUGGACUGGGAUCUGGUCGGUGCGGACGACAUGAUCGGCGAGACGAAGAUCGACUUGGAAAAUAGGUUCUACAGCAGGCAUCGGGCCACAUGCGGCCUACCGAAACGCUACGACGAGUCCGGAUACAACAAGUGGAGGGACGCGACGAAGCCGACCCAAAUUUUGUCCAAGCUCUGCAAAGAUGGGAAAAUCGACGGUCCCGUGUACUCGCAUGGCCGAGUGUCGAUAGGCAGGAAAACGUUUUCUUUGACGAACGAGGAAAUGGAGCACUACGUUCAUUCGAAAGGAAUCGAGGAGCACCUCGCGUUGGCGGUGCUUCAUCAGUGGCACGCUUUUCCAAGAAUCGGCUGCAGCUUGGUCCCCGAACACGUCGAAACGCGACCCCUCUAUAACCCCGAGAAACCCGGCAUCGAACAGGGAAAGCUGGAAAUGUGGGUCGACAUGUUCCCCAUGGACAUGCCUUCCCCGGGACCGUCCAUCGACAUAUCGCCGAGGAAACCGAAAAGUUACGAGCUCAGGAUCGUCAUUUGGAACACCGACGACGUCGUGCUGGAAGACGACGCGUUCUUCACCGGCGAAAAGAUGAGCGACAUUUACGUGAAGGGAUGGCUGAAAGGACCGGAGGACUGUCAAGCGACCGAUAUUCAUUAUCGGUCCUUGACCGGAGAAGGGAAUUUCAAUUGGCGAUUUAUAUAUCCGUUCGAUUAUCUCGUGGCAGAGGAGAAGAUCGUCAUUAAUCGAAAGGAGAGUUUGUUCAGUUGGGACGAGACCGAGUGCAAAAUUCCAGCCCGGUUGGAGUUGCAGGUAUGGGACGCGGAUCACUUCUCGGCCGACGAUUUUCUAGGAGCUAUCACCCUCGACUUGAACAGAUUUCCCCGUGGCGCGAAGAACAGCAAGCUUUGCACUUUGAGCAUGUUGAAGACCGACGGAACCGUGCCGACCGUGAACAUUUUCAAGCAAAAGAGGAUCAAAGGCUGGUGGCCGUUUUACGUGAAAAAGGAAAACGAAAAUAUGGAAUUAACGGGAAAGGUGGAAGCGGAGAUCCAUUUGCUGACCAAAGAGGAGGCUGAACAAAAUCCCGCUGGUUAUGGUAGAAACGAACCGGAUCCGCUCGACAAACCGAACCGCCCCGACGCCUCUUUCAUGUGGCUGUUAAAUCCCCUCAAGUCUAUCAAAUACAUCGUGUGGCACAACUAUAAAUGGGCAAUUUUAAAAAGUAUUGUCGUCAUCGGGAUAGUAAUACUAUUAUUAUUGUUCUUUUACGCGAUACCCGGCUACUCUGUAAAAAAGUUGUUAGGUGCUUAAAUCGGUGACAAUAUACUGCGUACGUUAUACGUGUACGCCCUAGUCGUGCGCGUUCAAUUGUAAAAUAUUUGAAACAUUGGAAACGAUAUUUUAUUAUACUGAAGAAAGAGAGAGAGGGAGAGAGAGAGAGAGAGUACUCACAUAUUAAUUAAAUAAUAGCAACCACAUCGUCACGAUUUGUUACACUUGACGUACAGUAGAGUUUCGAUUAUCCGGCACCCGUUUCCAUAGAUUCCAGUCGUUUAUAGAACGUAUUUUAAAAGUGAAACAGCGAAACGGAAACGUCUGUCGCCAUCAAUAUAUUAAGGGCUCGACAUUAUAAAGCGUCUUUAAAGACGUGAGAAUAAGGAUAAUAUUAUGCAAGAAUAUAAUAUCCUAUCUCUUCUAUAGCGACAUAAAAGAGCAAAAACACAA